AUGCUUAAGUGGGUUCAAUCGGGUCUUUCUGUUGUUGCUGGUACUGCCGAACCAGAAUAUGGUCCAGAUGCCAUUCAUCCCGUAACCAAAUCCAUUGCUCCCAGCGUUCAGCCUUGGAGACCAACAACGGUUGAAGAUUUUGCCUGGAAACAACCUGAUUACACCAAUGUUGAAACCCAAACAUUCUAUUUCACAUGUUUGAACACUGGAGAUACUGGUUUCGCUCAAGUGAUUCAUUCCAACGUUAUGGGAGUUCACACCACUGCGCAAUUCACUUUUCGGUUGUUUAAUUCCGAAACAAAAAAAACCAUUUGGACUCUGACUAAAUUAAACGAUUUCAAAGUUGACGGUUCAAACUUCUAUGCUGAAGAUCUUCUGAUUGAAUUUUCAAAAGAUGGGAAACUGGUGCAUUUAAAAUCAAAUGUAAAUCCAGAUUCCAUUAUUGAUUUUGAAAUGACAAGGUUGACUGAGGGGGUCAUUUUCGGUAAAGAUGGUACUACUUUGUAUGGAGAUGAUGUUGAGAAUCCUUGGGGGUCUAUGCGUCAUGUUUUCUGGCCCAGAUGUUCCGUUAAGGGUACCAUAUCUACUUUGGUCGAUGCUGAAGUUGCUGACACUCCACGUAUUAUUCCAAUUGAAGGUUUCACUAUGUUUGUCAUGGCUUUACAAGGGAUGAAACCUCAUCAUGCUGCUAAAUCUUGGAACUUUCUUAAUUUCCAAUCGGAAAAUUAUUCAGCUGUUCAAAUGGAAUUCACUACCCCUAGAUCGUAUGCAACCACAAAGGUCAAUAUUGGGAUCGUAUGUCUGAAAGAUAAAGUUAUAAUUGGUUCAAUUGAUAAUACAGUUGUUCAUGAAAAUUCUAAGAUUGAUGAAAUUGGUUGGCCUGUACCUCAAAGUAUUGUUUUCAACUUUGAUGGUAAUUCAGGUGCUGAACAAACGUCAAAUAUCAUUGUUAAAGGUGAUUUAACAACUCUUGUUGAAAGAGUCGAUGUUAUGGCUGAAAUCCCCCAAUUUGUCAAGAAUAUCGUCAGCAAUGUUGCCGGUACAAAACCUUUUAUCUACCAAUACUGCAAUACUUUCGCAAUCUCAGUCGAUGACCUGACAUCAGAAAAGGGUAUAGCUUUCAAUGAAGCAACCUUUAUCUCAGAAUAA